CUUCCUGUCACUGACUCGCUGUUUCCAUUCUGCCAAAGUGAUUUGCUGUUUUCGCUCUGCUCCGGGGGUUGGAGAAAGAUGAGUUUCUCACAGAGCCUCUCCUGGGCCUGUUGGCAGCUUGUCCCUCUGUGCCCCUCGCAUUUCCAGCAGAAGGCCGAGAUGAGAGAGCGUCCCUGAGCCGCCUCACUCUGGGAGCCUGGCACCUGAACAGCGCUCGCCUCCUGCAGCAGGCCGCAUAGCCAGCCCAGGAGCCAGCAAGUAAGAAGAGUGGCAGAUGUGCUGCCUGGCUGGUCAUGACUGAGGCCAGAAGUAGAGGCUGAAGCCAGAGAGGACUGCAGAGUUUCCCGAAGGAUGGACAUCACCCCAGCCUCUUUGGACAUCACGAGGCAGACGUUAGAUACCAGCCCUUCCAGCAGCUGGGAAGCGUGAGUGACUUGGGUGGUGAACGCCACUCUCCCCUGACGAGACACGAGGCCCUGCCCAGUCCACAGUUUCUAGCCCAGCAGAGCUGCCGCCCCUCACAGCCAGCCGCAGGGCCCCAAGGAAGGAGAGGCUUCCGGGAGGGAGAUCUGCUGGCUGGGAUUCUCUCCUCUCAGAGCCCUGAUUUCUGUUCCCAGACUUUCCUAUCUCAGACCCCAAUAUGAUAGAAACAGAAGGCCCAGUUUCUCAGGGGGUUUUUGGAUCCUAAAAUCUUGCCACAAGAGGAAAAUGUAGUCAUGAAUAUUAUAAAGGUGUGUCUUUAGAAUGUAAGAGCUCACCAAACCAAUUGCAAACGUAAAUUCAGUGCUGAUGGUUUCAAAUCUCAUAAAAACGAAAGUAAGAGAUCCAUCAGGAGUUGAAAUUUCAGUGACAUUGUAGGCAUGUAUUUCAGGGCCAUGUUAAAAAGAAAACCCAAUUAUAAUAAAUUUUUAAAUUACGCUCAUUUGGGGAAUUAAAUGUUAUUACCAGAGCAAACAUGUUACUUGCAGGUAAACACAGGCCUUGAUGAGGAAGGAGUUUGUAAAAGGUGUCAGAAGCCUGAAACACCCCUAACAACUAUUUCUUUCUUUAAAUUUUACUUUUAUUUUCCAGUUGACAAAAAUUGUAUAUAUUUAUUGUGUACAACCUGCUUUGAAAUAUGUAGAUUGUGGAACUGCUAACUCGAAAUGGUAUGCCGAGGGGCAGAGCAAAGGCCAGGAGAGCCAUUCGGGAGGUUACUGCAGUGUGCGUGUGGAGCACAAGCUGGUGGCAAUGGAGGAACAAGAGGUGACCAGGUAGGGUAGAUGCCCAUGCCGAGGGUAAAGCAGACAGAAUGUGCUGGGGCAUGAAAGAGAGCAGUCCAAAAUGACAUCAAGGUUUUCAACUGUGCCACUGGAUGACAGGACACAGGAGAAGGACAGUGGGUGCAGGGAGGGAGAACAGGAGCUCUGUUUUGGUUUGAGAUGUUUGUUAGGCAGGUUGGUGGGAAUGUCCGGUAGCAAGUUGAGUAAAUAAACUAAAGCUCAGGAGAACAAAAAGUUUCCCUGGUAGGUGUCCUGGUUUCUGCUCUUGAGGUUAGCAGAUCAGCUGCCAGCUCCUGCCCUGUCUUCCAUUAGCUGCUUCCUGUUAAAGUAGGCAUAGCCCUUGGGGUUGUGAUCAGCUAGAUACUGUUCAACACCCAAGCAAAGCGAGAGUAAGUCCAGCCCUGCAGAGGAAUUGCAAGAUAGCACAGAACUCACAUUGGUUAAAUUCCAUGAAACAGUUGGGUGUUGCUAGGAAACCAGCUGCACAAGUUGGGGGUUACUCAAGUUCAUACAAAGUGCCUUUGUCACCAAGCCACCUCCUGUGAAUUGGGCAAUCCUCUCCUCCAAGCAAGCCCAGAGGACAGGGAGCUAGGGGAAGCAGAGCAGAUGGGUUUGACUGCUGGAUUGGAGGAUGGUGUGGAAAGAGGAAAGAGCCUGAUCUUGGGACCCCACCAGACCUGGAUUCACCUUUCCACUCCGUGCCUCCUACCUGUAUCAUCUUGGACAUGUUACUUACUUUUUCUGAAUCUAAAUCUUGGGUUCCUUGACCACACAGUGAGGGAUAAGGAACAGAGCAGCAUCUUUUCUGGGUUUGCGGGACUCCUCGCCCUCCUCCUGAUCAUCACAGCUUCCUGCAUCCUGUGGAACUGGAACAAAAAGAAGAGGCGGCAAGUUCCUUACCUCCGAGUGACCAGCAUGCCCUCACUGACCCUGCCUCAACCCAGACCACGAGCCAAAAAUAUUUACGACCUCUUGCCUCGCCGACAAGCAGAGCUAGGGAGACGUCAAUCAAGAAGUAUCCAUAUUUUCAGCACCGAGAGCCUCAUCUCCAGAACCUCUGACAGCCCUGAGCAUGUGUCCUUUCAAACAGAUAACACCCUGCAGAGUCACCGAGUCCACAUCCGUGCUGUGCACUAUGCGCUGGGUGUCUAUGACAAUGCCUCUGUGCCCCAGAUGCAUGGGAACCUUGCUCCCUCGGCACACUACAUCAACAUCACAGCUUCCAGGGAUGGCUCGAGCACAUCUUCAGAGGAGUCAAAUGAUUAUGUCAAUGUCCCUACGGCAGAAGAGACUGCUGAGAUGUUAACUUCUACUAACAACCCACUGGAAAAUGUCUUUGUCCUGCCCAGCAUCCAAGAGCUGGAGUUUAAUGAGGAAGGACAAGAGAGCUGCGGGGACACCAGCGAUGGCACCAGUUUGGGGCUUCCAGGAACUGAGGGCAGUGAUCCACUCAGUGAUGGGGAAGGUUCUUCUCAGACCUCCCAUGACUAUGUCAACAUGACAGGAUUGGAUAUUGGGGACAUCCAGGAGAAGGAGUCCCGGGUGGAUUUUCAGGGCUGCAGAGAUUAUGUAAAUGUCCCAGCAGCAGAUCCCAGUGGAAGCCAACAGCAGGCUGAGGAAGAAGAGAAGUCUUCAAACACAGACUGUAGAGAGGGCAGGACAGAUGGUCCAGGGACCCACACCCACCCUGUCACAAGGAGAUCCCUCUCUUCAGGGUAUUGUGUGGUCUUUCUGCCAUCCAUACAGAGUGGGGACAGCCAAAUGACACAUGGGGAAGAGGUGUCAGAUGAAGACUCAGAUGACUACGAGAACGUGCUGGCUGCUGAGUUAGGAGGCAGGGGCUGGGAGCAAGGGCCUGGCAUUCAGCUUCUUCCUGAUCAGUGAACACCCAGGUACCCAGCUGGAACGCCUCAUGGAGCUUACCACCCUGCUGGUCCUCAGCUGCUGCAGUCUAGUGAAGAUGCCCAAGCACAGUAGUUCAGUAGAUUCAGUUGGUCAAGCUAACCAGAGGCUGAGAGGGAGUGAGGAGGUAACAGGCUGCAUAAAAACAAAGGUUUGGGGAAGGAAUUCCAGGGGUGGGUUGUCUCUCAUACUGACCUCAGAACGUUUGCUGAAACUGCCAGAUUGGACUGUUAGGAAAUAAAAAACAACAUAGUACUUAGCACACAGUGGAAGGGUAGACUAAAAUAAUUACCGUCACUAAUGGACAUAGCCCCAAAGCAGGAGUGUAGAUUUCUUUGUGAUCCAAGCAAAGACCAAAAGGAAGGAAGAAGUAGGGUUAGGGUUGGCGAUUUCCAUUUUCCAAAAAUGUGGACAAUGACACACGUCUCCUACCUCUCUCCACUAAGAGGACGUGGAAGCUCUUGGUUUCUAAAUGCUAUUCUGCAGUCAAAGCAGCCAGAGUUCUAGGGGCUGAGAUAGGGAAAAUACAAGAUGAGCUUUUGCAUCUUGUAGAAAAGGAGAGAGGGAGAGGAAGAGAGAGAGAGAGAGAGAAGGAAGGAGAGAGAGAGAGAAGGAAGAAGAGAGAGAGAGGAGGGAGAGAAAGAGAAAAGGAGGGAGAGAGAGAGAAAGGAAGGAGAGAGAGAGAGAGGCCAACUGAAAGAGCUCCCAAAGACAAAGCUAGAACAAGGUUAAAUAAAUAAAAAAAAGAUGAGUUCCAAAUAAUACAUAUACAAAGAAGGAGGGAAACACAAAAUCACCAUGAAGAUACCACAGAACAAAUGCUACAGCCAAAUCCACUCUGAACACUAAAGUUAGUAAAACUUUAAGGAGAAACAAAAAAAUUGCAUAGCCUCAAAGAAUCUCUUUGAAAAUAUUUAUUCACUACUGUGAUUUUAACACAUAUCCACAAAGUAUCUGAUGCUUCCCUGGGAGUUUGAUUCCCCUCCCCCUUCAGCAUAGGCUAAAUUUAGUGACACUUUCAUAAUGGAUAGAAUAUAGAAAAAGGAAAAUAGUGCUUUACAGGAGAGAAAUCUGGCAGACUCACCUUAACCAAGGGACUAAGAUCAGCCCCAGGUAGAAUGAAGAACAGCACCCAAAAAAUCCAUAACCCCAGUCUUAUCAUCAGGAAAAUCCAAAUUAUAUAACAUGGACAGACACCUGACCAGAGCUAUUCAAAGCAUCAAGGUCAGGAAAGAGAGGGGAAGGCUGAGAAAUGGUCAAAGAUUGGAGGAGACCAAAGGGUCUCUGAAUGCAUCCUGAUGGCUUGGGCUGGAUCCUGGAACAGCAACAACAAAAAAGGACCUUAUUGGAAAAACUACUACAUUAAAAGAUGUCCAUAUUUUAGCUAG